CCGGGCCGGGCCGGGAAGGACGGACGGACGGACGGGUCCGGAGCGCGGACAGCGGCCUCCGCAGGCCACACUGACCCCUGCUGGAAAAUGCAGCGGCGGAAGACGCCGCUGAAACGGGGACGUGAACUUUCCUUUUCGCCGUAAAUCGGAAUUUAUUGAGCGUCGGCUGCGUGCGGGGCUCUGGACUGACCACUCGCGAUAGUCCGACAGAUCUUCCAGUCCUCAGGGAGCUUCCAGUCCGGCAGGGGAGGGAGACCCACAAUAUGUUACGGACAGAAGGAAGGCGAGGAAGAAACAAUAAAUAUAUGAAUGAGGCGGCUCGAUGGAAACGCCCUGGCCGGGCCCCGACGACCCCGUGGCCGGAAGGAACGGACGAGGACGGGAUGGACGGGCCCGCCGCGCUCCCCGACUCCUCGGGCUCCAGUGACGGGGAGGGCGACGGCGGCGACGGGGCCGCCCCGGACCGCGACGGGUUGGAGCUGAACCCCUUCGACGGCCUGCCCUUCUCGUCCCGCUACUAUAAGCUCUUGAAGGAGAGAGCGGCCCUUCCCGUGUGGAAAGAGAAAUAUUCCUUCCUGGAGACGCUGCUCCGGGACCAAGUGGUGAUCGUGUCGGGGGAAGGCCGGUGCGGGAAGAGCUCACAGAUCCCGCAGUGGUGCGCCGAGUUCUGCCUGUCGGAGCGUCCCGAGGCCGGGAGCGUGGUGUGCGCCCAGGUGCACCGGCAGGCGGCCGUGGCCCUGGCCCUGCGGGUGGCGGACGAGAUGGACGUCAGCCUCGGCCAGGAGGUGGGCUACGCCGUCCCCUUCGAGAACUGCUGCUCCAGCGAGACCAUCUUGAGGUACUGCACGGCUGAGGUGCUCCAGCGGGAGAUGCGGUCGCUGCCGCUGCUGAGCCGCUACGCGGUGGUGGUGCUGGACGACGUGCACCACAGGAGCGCCGCCACGGACGUGCUGCUGGGCCCGCUGCGCGGGGUGCUGCGCGCCCGCCCGCGGCUCAGGCUCGUGCUGGUGCUGGCCGACUCGCCGCCCCUGCUGGCCGAGCUGCGGGCCUUCUACGGGCCCGCGCCCGUCCUGGAGGUCGGCGCCCGCCGGACCCCCGCCCGGGUCACCUACCGCGGGGACGCGCUCGGCGACCCUUUCGGCUCCGCCGUGAGGCUGCUGUUCGACAUUCACCGGACGGGAGAGAGCGGCGACGUGGUGGUCUUCCUGGCCUGUGAACAGGAGAUCAGGAGAGCCUAUGAACUGAUCUGUGAGGAAGGAUCGCGCCUGGGCCCAGAAGCCGGAGAGCUGGUGGCCGUUCCUUUAUAUCCGAGGGAAAAGUAUAAGAUGCUGAGGCCAAACGACGAGCCGGAAGAAGGUUCUCGGGCCCCGCGGAGGAGAGUGGUGCUGACCACCAGCUCGGGAGAGGCCCUGAUCGGACCCGACGCCUUCAGAUUCGUCAUCGACGUGGGUCUGGAGAGGAGGAAGGUGUACAACCCGUGGAUCCGGGCCAGCGCGUGGACGACGCGGCCCAUCAGCGAGGGCCGGGCCCGGGAGCGGCGGUGCAUCCCCGCGGCCCCUGCAGGCCAGGUGUUCUGCCUGUAUUCCGAAGAGUGGAGGCGCAGGCACGUGCAGCCGCUCGCACCCGUGCAGCUGCAAGAAUGCAACCUGACCGGCACCGUGCUGUUCCUCAAGAGGAUGGACAUCGCCGGCCUGGGCCACUGCGACCUCAUCACCAAGCCAGCCCCGGCCAGCCUGAUGCAGGCGCUGGAGGACCUGGAUUACCUGGCGGCCCUGGACGACGAAGGGAACCUGUCCGAGUUCGGGAUCAUCAUGUCGGAGUUCCCGCUGGAGCCGCAGCUGGCCAAGGCCGUGCUGGCGUCCUGCGAGUUCGACUGCCUCUCGGAGAUGCUCACGGUGGCUGCCAUGGUGACAGCUCCUCCGUGCUUCUCCCACCCGCCCCGGGGGCAAGAGGAAGCCGCGUGGGCCAGCCGCCACAGGUUCGUGCACCCGGAGGGAGACCACUUCACUCUGGUCAACAUCUUCAACGCCUUCCAGGAGGCCGGCGAGGGGCCCCGCGGCCGAGGCCGGGUGGAGCAGUGGUGCCGGGACCGCUUCCUGGACUGCGGAGCCCUGCGGGCGGCGGCCGCCCUGCGGGCGGAGCUCGUGGAGAUCGCCAAGCGCGUCGAGCUCCCCUGGUCUCCGCCGGCGUUCGGCUCCCGGGAGAACGCCGUGAACCUCAAGAAGGCCCUGCUGUCCGGGUUCUUUAUGCAGACGGCCCGGGACGUGGACGGAGCGGGUAACUACCUGACGCUGACGCACCGGCUGGUGGCCCAGCUGCACCCCCUCUCCGGCUACCGCCGCCGCCGCCGGAUGCCCGAGUGGGUUCUGUUCCACGAGUUCCGCCUGGCGGAGAGGAACUACAUCCGCGUCGUCUCGGCCGUCACCCCGGAGCUCUUCGUGCAGCUGACGCCGCAGUACUACUUCAGCAACCUGCCGCCCAGCGAAAGCAAGGACCUCCUGCUCCAGGCCUCCGGCCGCUCGGCGGCCCCCGCCACGCCCGAGCGGGACCCCGACCCCGGCGCCGCGGCCCCCGCCGGACCCCGCUGCAGCGUCCAGUGACGCCCGGACCCGGGCGGCGGGCGCGCGCCGCCGCCCGCCCUCCGCCGGCGCGCGGGAACGGGGGCGGAAAAAUUCCAGACGAGAGCAUUAAGAGGAAAACACCCUGUACCGCUCUGUCACUGAGAAAAGGCAAUAAAUAGUCUCUCGGC